AUGGCUCCCACAAGUGAAGAUGUUCUCACUAAAGUCUCUACGGAUGCGGCCACGGAAUUUGUCCAGUCAUUCUACCCCGCCCUUCAAUCCAACCGCGCAACGAUAUCCUCCUUCUACAACCAAACUAUUUCAAUGAUCCUAUUUAACGGAAAUGUUGUCGCCGAUGGUAAAGCGGUCCAAGAAAUUUUCGUCAACCAGAUGCCGCCAGCGCAUUACGAAGUGCAGUCGUUUGAUUGCCAAAUCAUCAACCAAGCAUAUCCCACACCUACUGCAACUGGAUUCAAAGCUCCAAACCAAGCCACCCUCAAGGACAAGUCAGUUCUAGUGCUGGUCAGUGGAUACGUACGAUUUGGAGAGUCCCGCGAUCUUCCGCAGCGUGGUUUUAGCGAGACCUUUGUGCUGGUGCCAAAUCCUUCCGCCGAUGGCCCAAAGGGCAAACGCAAGCGAGAGUGGCUUAUUGAAUCUCAGACAUUCCGACUCGUUGUUUGA